AUGGAGGGCGGUAUAGCUCCAACUGUGCAGUUCAAAGAAAGCAACGAGUAUCCUGUGGUGUUCAAAUGGCAUUGCUCUGCAACAAGUCAGCCUCGCUCUGUGUAUAUUUGUGGCUCAUGGGAUGGGUGGCGUCAAAAAAUCCCAUUGGUGAAAUCCGCAAAUGACUUCAGCACCAUUCUUGAGCUAACACCUGGCCAUCAUGAGUACAAGUUUAUGGUUGAUAACAAGUGGGUGGUGGACGACAAUCAGCCAAAAACAAAUAAUAAUUUGGGGGGCGAAAACAAUGUGAUGUCAAUUGACGAAGAUGAUUUUGAGGUUUUUGAUGCCCUUGACAAGGAUCUGGCUUCUUCAAAUGCUGGAGAAGCAAUGCGAGGUGCUCCAAAUCACCAGCCUUCUCAUGAUACUCCAAAUGACAGGGAGCUCGAAAAGCUACGCACAUUUUCUCAAGACAUCCCCGACAGAAAUGAAUUUGCCAAGGCUCACAAUCCACCUGCUCUGCCCCCUCACCUUCUCCAGGUCAUUCUGAACAAGGAUACUCCUGUACAAUGUGAUCCAAAUGUGCUACCAGAACCUAAUCACGUGAUGCUCAAUCAUCUUUAC